AUGCAAACUACAGCAGAUCAUUCUGUACUACCACCUAAGUUUUCAGCUGGACCUAAAGGUGUGGGUGAUCCUAACGAUAAAAGUUUAAGGAAAGUAGAAACAGAAGUCUUAAUACCCAAACUUAUGAGGGAAAAAGCAAAAGCUGAAAAGUGUGUAGAAGAAGUCUCACAAUUUAAUGAAUGUUGCAAAAAUUCAUCAAUAUUUAUGGUUUAUAAGUGUCAAAAUGAAAACAAUACAAUGAAAACAUGCUUAGGAAAUUGGUAUAAAAAUGAAGAGUUCAAAAAAAUAUGCACAGAAGAAUAUCUAAAAAAACGUAGUGAAUAUCGAAGAACAGGAAGUAAAAACCCAAUAAAGAGGGCAUAA